CCUUAUCAGUGAGUUACCUUUUUUUUUUAUUAUUAUUUAACCAAAAAUCAGCAGGUAAGAAUGUUUACACCUUGCUGGAAUUUGGCCGGAAGAGUUGUGUUUACUCUUACGUAACAUAGUUUAUUUUGGUUUUGCCCCCAUUAAAAUGUUGAUGAUGGAAAACAAAAAUUCUCAGCUUUUUCAGGAAAUUGGUAAAUUUCAAAAUGAUCAAAAAAUAGCAUGCCUAAAAUAUAUUUUGACCAGCGUUAAAAAUGCAGUAUUUAUAACUAUUAAGUACUUAUCCAUUUAUCAAAAUUAAACCAAUGAUAUGAAGGUGCGAUUUCUGUACUUAAGAAAAUGUAAAAUAUGAGCUUCUAGUGAACGUUGCAGUAUUAAAAUUAGCAUUUUUGUUUUUGCUAACCAUCAUUCAGCGAGUAAAUGUCUUUGUACCAGGAAAAAACGUAAAUUGCGUCUUAAAUACGCCUUAGUUUGAAAUCAACUACAAAUUCCAAGAUGCUUUGCACUGGCAGUUUUUUUUUUAUCCUCGCUGGCCAAUUAGGAGUGUCGGGCUGUAAGGCGAAAUGGCGACUGUCGAGCUGGUUUGAUGGCUAAAUUGGAGCCCAAUUUGACGCGAAGCUUUUCAGGUACUUUACGCACCUGUUAUGAACAUAGUCACAUAAGACUUAGUAAUGUCAGAAAAUCACUCAAUUCUAAAGUGACAAAACUGGAUACCUAAAAUGCGUAUUUUUGACCAUUUAUAGUUAAAUGCGGAAAAAAUAUUUUUUUUAUCAAAAUUAAAACCCAUCAAUAUGAAGGUACGAUUUCUGUACUUCAAAAAAACGUAAAAUAUGAGCUACUAAUGAACGUUAUAGUAUUAAAAGUAGCAUUUUUGUUUUUGCUAACCAUCAUUCAGGAAAUAAAUGUCGACUUUGUACCGGUAAAAACCUUAAAAUGCGUCUUAACAACCAGUGCAGUAGUUUGAAAUGGACUACAAUCCCAAGAUCUUUUGCGCUGGUAGUAACCGCCUUUUUAAGCCACGUGAUCCCCUCUGGCCUAUUAGGAGUGUUGUUACAGACGCAAUGCGGGUGUCGGGAUGUAAGGAGCAAUGGCGACAGUCGAGCUGGUUUGAAAGCUAAAUUGGAGCCGAAUUUGACCAACUGGAAGCUUUUCAGAAAAUGGAGAGUGCUUCCUCUUCAUCCAGCCAUGUCCCGUCCCCCUCCAGCCAGCAGAUGUCAACACCCAACCUGGCAGCCAAGCAGAGAGACAGUCGCAAAGGGGCGUCCUCCGUGACCCCGGCCUUCCUCUCCAACCUGGGCAGGGCCACCCUGCGGGGGAUUCGCAAGUGUCCUCAGUGUGGCGUUUACAACGGAACCCGGGGGCUCAGCUGCAAGAACGCCGUUUGCGGGAUAUCUCUCAGAAACGCCUCUUUGGAGGCCAGGAGGGGCAGAAAGGAUGCCAUGGAGGUGGUCAAAGUCAUCAUUGACAGCGAGGAGAAGGACAACCAGGGAGGAGGAGGAGGAGUGCAGGUGUUUUCAGUGUGUCAAAGAGGAAGAGGAACCGCUCAGUUUGGCUUCGUCGAGCUCGUCGCGACAGACGCCGCCAUCGCCACGGGCGACAAAGCCUCCCAGCUGUCUCACAUCAACCUGGGCCGCUGCUUCAUGCCCGCUUGCAAACAGGGUCAAAAGUCGAGCCACAGCAAGGCGUCCUACGACAGCCUCUGCGCCCACAUCAAGCACGCCAUCGAGUGCACCAACCACUCCACGCCGCUCAGCGUCAAGAGCUCCGUCCUGGAAGCUCUGCAGGCCUCCGUGCAAGCCAAGGAGGAGCUCUGGAGGCUGGCCACUGAGUCCCUGGUGCCCCUGGUGCAGCGCGUGUCUAGGGACACCCUGGUGGUGAAGUGCCACCCGGAUUCCCAGCACCCUCACGGCCUGCUGCAUCUCACCGUGGGAGCUGGCGGACGUGCCGAUGUGCUGAAAAACGAGGUGGCUCUUGUGCAACAGCAGGCUUUGUUUCACUGCGGCUGCCAGGGGGGCGGCAGGAGAGGGAGAGCCGACGGGGCCGAGCCGGGCGGGGGGCUGUCGGAACCCUGCCUGCACUUCUACGCCUGCGUGUGUGCCUUCGCUAGCGAUGAGAAGCUUGCGGCAGAGUUUGCGGCUUUUAUCAACUCCUUAUCAAAUGGCGUGCUACCAAACUCCACCUGCAGAGUCAUCGUUCCUUGCGAGAGGCCUCCGCUGCACACCGAAGCAGUGAAAUCUCCACACAAAGCAAAGAAACUGCGCCAGGAGGAAGCACUUUCUGGUGGCGGUCAGGCUGUGGAUGAGCACUCGGCGUCGUUGGGUUUCCACCAGUGGCUGGCCGGCGUCACAGAGCGGAUCCACCAGGCCAUGCACUACCAGUUGGACGGGAAUCCAGAACCUUUGGUGUACCACAUUCCUCAACAGUUCUUUAACGCCCUGCAGCAUCGCCUGUCGCUCGGCUCCAAGAGGAGGCUGCCUAACUUCACAACAGUGGUCAUGCAGAGCGACGCUCCCCCUCUGGGCUCUUUCUCCAAGUACACCUGGCACAUCACCAACCUGGCGCAGGUCAAACGCAUCUUCGACACCCCCGAGUUGGAGCUGGAGCUCACUCAGAGCUUCGUCAAAAACGUGGACGGUUCCUACUCACGCUUUCGAUGUCCACAACCGCUCCAACCGGAGCUGCCGGAGGGAGUCGGGACGGCUCGGCCGCAAGCGAUUCGACCCAUGGAGCUGCAGACAUUCCUCAGAGUUGGGCCCGGCUCGGACGAUCCGAAGGACGCCCGUCCGUUUGAGAUUGAGUGGACCCCUGAUGUGCUCCCGCUUUGCCACAUGGGAGAGCUGAGGAUCAACUUCGAGUUCGGCCACCGGCAGAGCGGACAGCAGCCCGACUCGUCUGAGUGUGUGAAAAGCAACAUGAUGCAGUUCCCUUCCUAGGCAUCAUGUGACUUACCGGACACUUCAUUAGGUACACCUGCACUAAGCAUUAUUAUCUUUUAUAAAGGUACAUUUUUGUAUUGGAUUCCAUUCUAUUUGAGCAUAAUAGCUCUCACUAGCUGCUAGAGUGGCAUAUCUAGGAAGGAAAAACAUACAAUAUAUCACAUCAAGUCAUUACAUGACCCUUUUCACUACUCCUAUAUUUACAACAUCAAUUCGAGUGCGUUGGUUGUCCUGUGUUAGUGUUAAAAGUGGCCAGCAGGGUGCGCCAUCACGCUGCUCUUUCCAUCACAGCUGGAAACGGUCAAGGAAAUGGACCCAAACUCCUCUUGUGUGCUGGGGAAUGUACAAAAAUACACAAAAUGAGUUGUGCUCAGGUUUGUUUGUCGGCUGCCUUUAAAUGUGUCCGUAGUUUGAUGUGUUUGCUAAGCUUUUACCAAACCACAUGGCCAUUCUUCAUCCAAAUGUUGAGAGCAGCUGAAAAAUGUCAAGAAUGUACAUUUAGCACUGUUGGAUCUUAAGGAGGUUCUAAGUAGAGCUUCAACAUGCAGAAACAAGAAAUGGGAGUGACACAAAAAAGUAAUUUAUUGCAUAGAAGCAUGAAGGUGAGAUAGGCUGUUCAUCAGCUCAUCACAAGUUGAAGACCAAAGAUCAAAAACAACAACCAUGAAACCCCCUAAACAGAAAUAAAAUGUUGCGAAAGCUGCAUCAUUCUUGGUAAUGAGGUGAAAAAUGGCUUUGGGCAUGCUUGAUGCCAGGGCAUCACUGUCUGGAACUCAUGUCCUUUUUGUAAAUCCAUCCCCAAAUGUUCUCCAUUGGAUUUAGAUGAGGAGAACACGCAGGAUGGUCCAAAAGACUGAGCUUAUUCCUCUUUGUGAAGUGCAGCGUGGUGCUGUUGAAAAAGCCAAUCAUUACCACACAGACGAGGGCCUUCGGUCACGAGGGAUGCCGCCUGCGACAUCUCCACAUAGCCGGCUGCCGUUUGACGCCCCUGCACAACCUGAAGCUCCAUUGUUCCAUUGAAGGAUCAUGAUGGUGGAAAACAUCUCAGGUGGGAUGUCCUUGUCAUGCCAGUAACGCUGGAGGCCAUCAGGACCGUCAAGCGAGCAGAAGACUUUCUUCCACCUUUCAAUGUCCCAUGUUUGGUGCUCUCCUGCAAAUUCCCAACCUUGACGGAGACCAGGCCUUUGACGAGCUUUUUACUUCAAUGAGGAACAGUUUUUUCUUUUAAUAUUUCAACUUUAUGCACAUAAUCUCAUAUUACCACAUUAUUCUUUGACUUUUUCUUAUUAGAGUACAACUUUUUUCUCUUAAUAUUUUGACUUUAGUCUUGUGAAAUAACUGCUCUUUCUGCCCCUUUUGCUAUUGUUUUUUUUAUUUUGCAAAUAUUUAAAUAAUGUUAAGUAUUACAGUAAAUUUUCCCUUUCUAAUAUUUUGACUUUAUUCACUUAUUAGUUUUUGCCUGACAGAAUUUUCCGAAAAUGACAAUUUUUUUUUGUUUUUUUUGGUUUCUCAUAUUAUGGCUUUUAAAAAACAUUUUUUUCCUUUAAUAUUUUAGCUUUGUGCUAUUAAAAUGGCAUUAUUUUUCCUCAUAAUAUUGCGUUUAUUUUCGUAAAAUUGCAACUUUUUUCUCAUUAGAAUACAACUUUUUUUCUCAAUAUUUUGACUUUAUUCUUGUAAAAUUCUAGCUGUUUAUUUAAACAAUUAUUUUCCAGUUAUUUCAAUUUUAUUCUUGUAAAUGUUUUGACUUCCAACAGGUAAUUUUGUGGCGUUGAAGGAGGCGAGGCUUUUGAAGACUUUUCUUCUUCUUAAAAGCCUUCUCUGGCAGAUGGCGUCUGCUGGUUAUCGGAUUGUGCUCGGCACCAGUAACAACCUUCACUUGGGCCCAGGAUGGUCGCGUGUCUUGACGGACAGCCAAUGGGAUCCUCCGGCUCAUUUUUUGGGGGUCUACUGCUUGACUUUUUUGUUCCAUGAGCCUCAGGACGUGUGAAGAAGUUUCAAAGUCUUCCCACUACAUUGAAAGAGAGAAAGCUUUUUUGCCUUUGUCAUCAAGAGAUCAUGACAGUGUGGACACUAAAACACAUUCAGUCACAUUUUUACCAACAUUUUGCUUACUCAAAAGGAUUUUUGUCUCACUCUCAUUUCUUCUUUUUGCAUUUUGAAGCACUACUGACAAUCUCCUUAACAUCCAACAGUGCAAAAUGUGCAUUCUUGCCAUUUUUCAACUGGUGUUAACAUUUUAUGAGGAGUGUAUUUAACGGAGUAGCGACUUGUGUAGCUGCCAUGGUUGGACUUAUACCAAGAAGUCAAUGAAAGCCUAAUAAACUUUUUAUUUUUAUUUUAUUCCUGCCGUUGUCUUGCAGGACUUUGUACCUUCUUAGUCUGGAAGGAUGACCACCUCUUCUCUUCACAGAUCUCCUUGUAACAGCGCACCGAAUCCACGACCCCCUGUAGCAUUCAAUCAUCUUCAUCCUUUGGCAUCCCUUUUCUUCGCUGCACAAAGGUUAACUAUUAAGCGAUUCCUUCGCUGCGCACGGUACGUAUUCUUCGGCCGACAUGCGCUGUAACUCGUUCUCGAGCGAGUCUCGUGUUUACGAACCAAAAAGAAGCUUUUAAUUCAUGACUGGGAACGUGUUCGGAACCACAAAAUGUGGUACACGGAGUUUCACCUGUACUCUCAUCACCGCCUCUUGAGGUAGGAGGGGGUAUUACACUUAACCCAUCACACACACACACACACACACACACUUUGUGUGCCAAGUGGGGCGGUUGUCAUAUCCAUCAUUUCUGAGUCAUUGCCUGAGGAAACGCGGGCCAAUUAUGGUCAUGAAUAAUAAUGGGAGAGCGCGUGCGGCAGCAUGACGGAUGGGCCGCGCUCAGAGCUCAUUUACAUGACGCCCGCCUUCGCCGUGAUGGAACGCUCGCCAAAUGAGACUUUGUAGCCGGGACCGCGCUCGUGGAUUGUUGCUGGGAUAAGUUGUAUGCGGCACUUUUUAGGGUAGCAAGUGGUCGUGGUUGGGGACUUAAAGGGCGGAGCUACACAGUGCAGUGCGUUGAUUGGUGGACAGAGAAUGCUCACUUCCUGAAUGAAAGAAGAAGACAACAAAAUAAAACUGUCAUUCCACGAAAAUAAAGUUAGUGGUGUGUUGUUUUUUUCUUCAUGAAAAUAAGCUCAAAACAAAUUUAUUCUAAAUAAAUUAAAAAUCAUUUUUAAAAAGAUAGUGGUAUUUUUUGUCAUAAAAAGAAGAUGGAAAAAUAAUACAAAAUAAUAUAUUAAAAAUAAUAAAAAAGCUAGUGGUAUUUUUUUCAUGAAAAGAUUAAAACUAAAUAAUAAUACAUUAAAAAUAAAAAGGUUAGUGGUAACACAGUCUGGAGAUGGGAAGACCUGGGUUGGAUUCUCCCUUGGGCAUUUCUGUGUGGCGUUUGCAUGUUCUCCCCGUGUGUGGGGGGGUUUCCUCCCACAUUCCA